AUGUCCGGCACAGAUUUGGAAGCAGAAUGUGCCCAGAACAUUGCUCUUCUUUACUAUCUUGGACAAGUUGCAUCGCACCCUCACAAGAACCUGACCCGGCAUCAAGAGGCAGACGUUGGCUGGACCAUCUCUCUCAAUGAUGAGAAGCACCUGGCGACUACUCUUGGAUUGCUGUCUGGAAUAAAGGAUGACAUUAGAAAUGUGACAGCCGUAUGCGUCGAGGAGACAAGACAUGGACUGGUCAUCAUGGUUGCCGCCAACGCCAAAGGACCUGGGCCUUCAUCGCCAUAUCUGCAAUGGGUGAAGGAGGGAUUUGACAGUGUCUUUUCCCUACUCAAAGACGCCUCAAGUAGCUCUCGUGAACAACUUGAAGGUGAUGUGUUCAAGGCCAUCGUGUCAAUGUGUCGCUGGCGGAUCCUGUCGAGAAUCAGGAUGAUCAAACCAGAGAACAGGCCGAUAAUUCAGAAACUCUUGAGAGAAAUCAACACAGCAAUCGAAAAGUCUCCACAGAGAGCGGAUCGUACGAACUUCAUGGCACUGAGCAACCAGUUGUUGUCUGAGCUGGCCAGGUAUCAGGCUGCAUUCACUCCUCCAAAAGGUGAUACUUGGACGUUAACCAGGGACGAAGAGCUCGAGUCUAUCGUUCAAAUAUGCUACGAGCUUUUCGAUAUGCCGACGGUUGGCACCAUACUUCUCAAGGACAUGAACGGCAUGAAACCGCGUGUUGACCCGAGUACACGUGAGGCGGUUCUCAACAUGAUCCGAAAAGUGGGAAACUACAAGAGGGCAGCGACGACGCUGGUGAAACUUGCGAGGCGAUAUGAAUGUAUCCGUCAGGCCAAUACUAUCCUCGUGGUGUUGGACUCCUCGGCGCUUGUCCAGCGUACUCCUACACCGCGUCCUAGUCUUUCGGCCAUGCUGGAUAAGCUGAAAGCUCACCACGGUACGAGUUGGAAUACCGAAAAGGUGGUCAGAGAGCUUUCAUGUUACCUUGGGAGCGAGUCUAAAUGCUAUGAAAGCCAAAUUGACCCGCUGAUGCGUCAUCCGAGAGUUCAUGCUGAAAUGCAACUCAUCUGGUAUCUCGAUCAACAUAAGGUCCCGACGCCUCUAAGGGUAAUUGCCUCCAACAAGGAUGCCUGCUAUCUCUGCAACGCCUUCAUUGCCUUCCACGGAAAGUACAGCAUCCCAAGAACCCACGGGAGGAUCUACCCCGGCUGGAGACUGCCAUCUAGCGGCCUCCAGGACGUGAAGAAGGGCUUCACUCUGGAGUUGGGGCGCUUGGCGGUGACCAGGAUUGACCGGAUAAUCAAGAAAGGAACCGAGCGUAUGGGUUAUCCGUUAGAGAGCACCGUUCCAUCAGCUGCUGUAUCAGGUCUAUCGAUCCUCACGCAACAGGCAGAAGCAUUGCGAGAGACGGCAGAAGGCUCUGACAGCGACGAGACGGUUGUGCCCGAGCAUGGGACUGAAACCUUAUGCCCUCAGGGACAACAGGGAGAGCAAUGUCUUUCCUCGCACCAGGGAAGCCCUACCGAACAGAAUAGUUCUGAAAAGGAGGAAGAGGCGGUUCUAAGCCACAACAAGGUUGAGAGCAGUGCAGAAUUCAGGUCUUCGCCCAAGCCCGCGUCUUCAACUAUGCCUUCACCCACGCUUUCGCUCAAGUCUUUACGCAAGUCUUUGUCCGGGCCUUCCUCUUUACCUAGGCCUUUGUCGUUAUCUAUGCCCGUGUCUGGGCCUUUGUCUGGCCAGGAGCCUCAACAGGCGCCAGCAGACGAAUAUAAAGAUACUGGUAGGUAUUCUACGCCAAAGGCUCAAGCUUUCCAAUCAUCUGAGAACUUGCAUCAUUCAACAGUCGAGACAGACGCGGACAGCAACCCAAGCGUUGGAUCUCGGAUGAGCCAGAUUGUAAGCCCAAAAACGUACGAAACACGCCUUUCAAGCAUGUCGACUCCUGCCUCGCUGGGUAAGAAACCCUACGAAGAGAACGAGGUUGGUGAUAAGGACGCCUGGAGACAAGUUGAAAAGGGUCGACGAGAAGUUGUGACCCUGCCUGAUUCACUCGAGCUAUUUGUUGAGUACACGACAGGUACCUCGAGCACAUCACGGAACCUCAGGUUCAAGGCGAGGCGGUUAUCAGAGGAAGAAGCGGCGGCAGUCUUGAAUGAGGGUGCCAAAGUGCAUGAUUUGACAAGUCUGGGAUACGAAGAGGUCAAGGUCAAGUCCAGUGGUGGCAUCAUGAUGAGAGUUGGCAACCAAGUCUUUGUUGCCCGUCUCGACGAGUUUGUAGCUCCUACUCAUGCAACAUGA